CAUUCAGUGAUCUACUAUUUGCAUUCCCGUUUAGCAUAAGAUGGUGACCCUUCAGAACCACUAAACCAAUAGACCUAAAUACUUCUGUGUCCUUCUGUUUUUGACCCAAAUACUAAACAGUUUUGCAGUGUAAUAUUGUAGAUCUAGCUGCUGCUUCAAUGAGCAUCAGGCUGCUAACAAAGGACAAAUGAUGAUGAUGAUGAUAGCUCUUUAACCUUCCUCCUCUGGUCUCCAGGUGUGUGCAGGUGGAGGUGUGGCAUCCUGCAGGCCCCGCCCACUGCCACAGGUGUGUUUUCAGCAGCAGACUUCCAGCAAAUAUUGUCUGUAGAAUCGAGAAGUUUUUCUUUUACGGACAGAAGAAAUCAUUCAGAACCAGAAGAAGCAAAAAUCUGCCCUGAUGGAAGAACCGAAGGAUCCAGAUGGUCCAAAUAUAAAGCAGGAACAGGAGGAACUGCUGGAUAAACAGCUGAAAAAUGACCAACAUGCUGAAGAUCUGCAGAUUAAAGAGGAAGUGGACGAAUACUGCACCAGCCAGGAUGAAGUUCGCCUUGUUCUGAAGGAGGAGACGGACACAUUGGGGAUGAAUACAGCUCCUGAACAGAGAAACAACAGGGAACCAGAACCAAACAGGGACCGACUCCAGAACGCGCUACUAGCUGAAAACCAGCAACAGGAAGGGAAGAAGAAAAAAUCAGGACUCUGUAAACAUCCACAACCAAGGUCGAAUAAGAGCUGUCAGAAAUCCAGAGUUCAAAGUGACAGUACACACAGUUCCAAACGUAGAAGGCGGAGCAGAUCUCUGAGCCAAACAGAAAAAAGUUUGUUUUCCUGUAAAGUGUGUGGCAAGAGUUUCUCCCAGAGUAGCCAUCUGAACAACCACAUGAGAUCGCACACAAGUAAGAAACAAUAUCCCUGUGAGGUCUGCGGUAAGUUUUUAAAUGACAAAGGUAGCUUAACGGUUCACAUGAGAACCCACACAGGUGAGAAACCUUUCACAUGUUCCACCUGUGGGAAAAGUUUUGGUGCGAGGAGCAGCUUCAUUGCUCAUGUAAGAACUCACACAGGUGAGAAGCCGUUUCCCUGUCCGAGCUGUGAGAAAAGUUUCAUUGUAAAAAGUCAUCUAAUCACACACAUGAGAAUUCACACAGGUGAGAAACCUUUCCAGUGUCUCACCUGUGGAAAACGGUUUGGCGCUAAAAGCAAUUUAAACACUCACAUGCGAACACACACGGGUGAGAAGCCUUUUGCAUGUGUGAGCUGUGGGAAAAGUUUCAGUGUAAGGAGUCACCUGAUCACUCACCUGAGAACACACACAGGUGAGAAGCCAUACUCCUGUCAAUACUGUGGCAGAAGCUUCAGUUUGCGGAGUCAUUUAAAUGUUCACAUGAGCACACAUACAGGAGAGAAACCUUUUCCAUGUGUGGCAUGUGGAAAAAGCUUCAGAGUGAGAAGCAGUUUGACAAUUCACAUGAGAACGCACACGGAUAAGAAGCUGCACAUCUGUGAUGUGUGCUGUAAAGGUUUCACUCAGAGCAGCCGUCUGGCUUCUCACAUGAGGAUCCACACAGGCGAGAGGCCGUUUCCAUGUCCCACAUGUGGAAAAAGUUUCAGUGCCAAAACAUAUCUGAAUACACACAUGAGGACUCACACAGAUGAGAAGUCCUAUCUGUGUGUGAUCUGUGGGAACAGCUUCAGUCGAAAAAGCAACUUGAACAGACACAUGAGGACGCACACGGGCGAGAAACCCUAUGAUUGUGAAGUUUGUGGGAAAUCCUUUGGAUGUAGUGGUAGCUUGACGGUCCAUAUGAGAUCUCACACAGGUGAGAAACCAUUUCCAUGUGUCACCUGUGGAAAAAGCUUUAGUGUAAGAAGUUACCUGGUUAUUCACAUGCGAACCCACACAGGUGAGAAACCUUUCCCAUGUGUCACCUGUCGGAAGAGCUUCCUUUUACGGAGUCAUUUGACUCGUCACAUGAGAGUUCACACCGGCGAGAAGCCAUUCCCAUGUUUGACCUGUGAGAAAGGUUUCAGUGUGAGAUGUCACAUGAUGGCUCACAUGAGAACUCACAAACAGGAGAAAGGUCUUUCUGACACGUGGCCUGUGGGAACCGUCUCCAAGGAGUUGAGAUGACUCACCUAGAGUCCAGCAUACCCUACCUGGGGAGACAGGUGAGCAGCAGUGACUUUAACCAAUGAGAGACAAGAGCUUCCUCGGCUAAAACAUUGAACUUUCAGAGUUGUGUUAAACUGGGAAUCAUUAAAAGUUGAUGUAUGUUGCUGUGUGAUUUCUGUGAAGAAUUUCUAAAGCAAGGAUUUGACCUCAGUGUGUUUGUCGUUCAGUGACAAAUGUGCUGCUUGUAUAGAUGGUGAUGUUUAUCCCAAUCAUGUUUAUUCUCAUGUC